CGAGGAACGAGAGUAGAGAUGGGUUGGACCCCAAACCUAACUUUACUGUGACAGAGCUAGGAACAGAAAUCAACCCCGGGGCUUUCAGUCUUCCCCACAUGGGCUCUUUUUGCUGAUUUUGCCCCCAUCCUUUAGAUCUCAGGCACAGGAGCAAUAAUGGAAAAGCCUCUUCUGUGGUCUAUGAAACCGACUGUUGAAAGAACGUGUAGUGGCAGAGUACAGGAGGCACAGGAUGUUUUGUCAACACCCAAAUCCAGCACCCAAGCCACAACACUCCUGUUCUUCCUCUAGUGUUUUCCAUUGGUGAGAGCUGGGAAAGGACAACACGCAACUCUUGACUGCACCGCUUGGCUCUGUGACUUUGGGAAAGGUAUGACAGACUGUGUGUAGAAGAAAAUGCCUUCGAAGCACUGGAAAAAGACUUCCAAGAAGUCAUCAGUGAACUUAUGGGAGAUAAAAGUCUGGAGAAAUUCCGGAUAGAAUAUGAGAAGCUCCACACGGUUAUGAAGAAAUCCUACGAAAAUGAAAGGCGUCUCAUGUCAAAAUGCAGGGAGCUGAAUGCUGAGAUUGUGGUGAAUUCGGCUAAAGUGGCUGCAGCCCUGAAGCUCUCUCAAGAUGAUCAGACGACGAUAGCAUCACUGAAGAGGGAGAUUGAAAAGGCCUGGAAAAUGGUGGAUGCAGCCUAUGACAAGGAGCAGAAAGCAAAGGAAACCAUUCUCUCACUGAAAGAGGAAAUUAUGAACCUGACUAAAUUAGUGGAGCAAGGAUCUGGAUUAUCACUGGGUCAAGAGCACAAUAUCCGGGAUUUGCUGAGGUUUAAGGAAGAAGUAACAAAGGAGCGAGACCAGCUCUUGUCAGAGGUUGUGAAGUUACGUGAAAAUCUAAUCCAAGCUACAGAGCAACAGCAAGAAACAGAGAGGGCAAAAAAUGAGGCGGAACAAAGCAUUGCUCAGUUCCAGCAGGAAAUCCAGAUGCGUCAGAAUGAGGCAUCCCGGGAGUCUCGAAAGAAGGACAAACUGGAGAAGGAGCUUAAACACAUUCAAGUGGAAAUGGACAACAAGCAGAGUGAAAUAAAGGCACUGCAGCAGCAUGUGCUGAAGAACAAAGAGGAGCUCCUAAAACUGGAACAGCAGCUCAAGGAACAGAAGAUCCUGAAUGAAAGAGCUGCCAAAGAACUUGAGCAAUUUCAGACGAGAAACUCUAAACUCCAGCAAGAGAACGAGCAGCACAGCAUGGCCUUUGAACAAAUAACACAGGAGAACCAGCAGAAAACAGUGGAGCUGAAAAUGAGGGAGGAUGAGGUGACUCAGAUGCGUCAUGAAAUUACAAAACUCUCCAAGGUAAGAGAAGUUAUCCAGAGAAAACUGCGUGUUGCAGAGGAACAAAAAGUUGAAGCAGAAUACCAGAGGGAUACCCUAAAAAACCAAAUCUCUGGACUAGAGAGAGAGUUGGAGAUUGCUAAAAGACAGGUAGAAAUUGAUAAGAAAGCCAUAGAUGAGCUGGUGAGAGAAAGGGACAUAUUAAACAAGAACUUGCUUAAGGCUGCCAGUGUCACUCAAAAGCAGCUGAACCUGGUGAAGCUCCAUGAACAGUCCAAGAGGAACUUGGAAGAAGAAAUUCAGAACUAUAAGGAUGAGGCUCAGAAGCAGAGGAAGAUCAUCUACCAGCUGGAAAAAGAGAGAGACCGUUAUAUCAAUGAAGCUAGUGAACUCACCCAGAAGGUCCUCCAGCACAUGGAAGAUAUCAAAGUGCGGGAAAUGCAGAUCUUUGACUACAAGAAGAAGAUAGCAGAGGCUGAGACUAAAUUAAAACAGCAACAGAAUCUGUAUGAAGCCGUGAGAUCAGACAGGAACCUAUACAGUAAAAAUCUGAUUGAAGCUCAGGACGAGAUCACUGAAAUGAAGAAAAAACUGAAGAUCAUGACACAUCAGGUUGAUCAGCUUAAAGAAGAGAUCACAGCCAAAGAGGCAGCUCUUGUGAAAGUACAUAUGGAACAUCAACGAAUAGAAAAGGAAAAGGAAGCUCUGAAGGCUGAGCUGCUUAAAAUGAAACAACAAGCCCUGGAGACCAAACACUUUAUUGAAAAGCAGGAGGCAGAAGAGAGAAAACUCCUGAAAAUUAUUGCUGAGGCUGAUGCCGAGAGGCUGAGGCAGAAGAAGGAAUUAGACCAGGUUAUCAGCGAGAGAGACAUCCUGGGGUCGCAGCUUGUUCGGCGCAAUGACGAAUUAGCUCUGCUUUAUGAAAAGAUCAAAAUCCAGCAGUCCAUCCUAAACAAGGGGGAGACUCAGUACCGGCAGAGAAUGGAAGACAUUCGACUCCUCAAGCUGGAGAUCAAGAAACUUCGGCGGGAGAAGGGAAUACUUUGCAAGAGCGUGGCUAAUGUGGAGGAACUCAGGCAUAUUCUUUCUUGGUGGGAAAACAUUGUCAUUUGCUGUACAAUCGCUGGGGGACUUCUAAAGAAACAGAGCUGUGUUUCCAGCAGGCAGGAGGUUUAUCACAUGCAGAAGGAGCUACUGAAGGAACGAACUCGAUGCAGAGCCCUAGAGGAGGAACUGGAGAACCCCAUGAAUGUUCACAGAUGGAGAAAAUUGGAGGCCAGUGACCCGAGUACCUAUGAAUUGAUACAGAAGAUACACACACUACAGAAACGGCUCAUCAGUAAGACAGAAGAAGUGGUUGAGAAAGAAUUGCUUCUUCAGGAAAAGGAAAAGCUGUAUGUAGAGCUGAAGCACAUCUUGGCCCGGCAGCCUGGGCCCGAAGCAGCAGAACAGUUGCAGCUCUACCGACACACACUCCGAGAGAAGACCAAGCAACUGAAAGUUUUGUCUUCAGAACUGAACAUGUAUGAGUCACAGAGUCAAGAGUACAAGUAUGAAAUAGAGAGACUGGGCAAUGAACUCCUGAAUGUGAAGAAGAAAUACCUAACCCAGAAACGCAAGGAACAGCAGACCAAGGAUAAGGAGCGAGUGUUGGCUAACAUGGAGCAGGAGUAUCCAACGCAGAGAAUGGACGUUCCUCGUUUCACUGGGGGAGGCUUUGCUCUCACCAAGCAGCCGCCCAAGGUUAUGGCCUAAACUGGAGUCAUCUUAUCAUGUCCCACUUUUCCUGCUGAACUAAAUCCGUUCUUGGGUGUUUCAGAGAAUGGUUUUAGAGUAACUCAUAUCAAAUAUUCUCUUUGCUAUCACUGCAUUGUUAUCAUAAAAGAAGCUUAUUCUAGAGCGGCCAGUACUGUAAUUUACACACUCUGGGCUAAAUUCCACCCUUGAUGGCACCAGCAUUACCACAUGUCCAUGGAGCUGCACAGCUGGGACAUAUGCUGAUAUUUCUUCCUUAUUACUGUGACUUUUUAUUUAGAAUUGUAACACCCAAAAUACUUCAAUAUGCGCAACUUUAUACCCUCUAUCUACCUCCACCCCAAACACAUUCCGUUUAUCCAUCAAUUUAAAUCUACUAAUAGGAAGGAGAAAAACAGAAAAGAAGGAAAAAGGAAUAACAAGAAGCUCCAUGGCCUAUUUUAAGCAAAUACAGAGUUGACAACUCUUUGCUCAGAUGUUCACAUGAGACAGUUUUUUGUGCAUGAGUAAUAUCGUUUGGUUUAUUCAAUAUUUGCUACAGCCAUUAUUAAGAUCAAGGGAGUUUCUGGCCACAGUACACCUACCCACUGCCCAUUGUUAAGGGAUGCAAUUCUGCAUACUGGAUGUGGAUACUAAGUGACAUAAUUAUGACUGUUCAAAUAGGCAGUCUGUCUACUCUGUCUGGAACCUACCAUCCUCUAUAAAUUUUCUUGUGAAUCUGAACUCAAAACAUGGCAAACUUUGCACUUUAAUUUCUAUUAAGAGAGAGAUCCUGGAACAUUUUUGUAACUUUAAAAAAUUGUUUUUGCAAUGCAGCGUGAGCCCUCCAAUCUUUUCGGCCAAAAGAGAUUUAAUUACCAAGUGAUAUGACAAAAUCACUGCAAGAGGAGCUGAAGUAGAGAAACUCUCAAGCUAUAAAAUAAAAUGUUUUGAAACUGA